AUGGGAGUGCAAAAGAAGACGCGCAAAUUCGCCCAAGUCAAGCGAGUCAUCGGCCAACGCGAUGCCCGCCUCAAGAAAAACGAAGUCAAAGGCGACGACAAGCCCAAAAAGCCCGCCGAGGAAGUAGUACGAGACAUUCCACAAGCACCCUCGUCAAUGUUCUUCCAACACAACACCGCCCUCCAACCCCCGUACUCCGUCCUAGUCGACACAAACUUCCUCUCCCACACCGUCCACAACAAACUCGAAUUACUCCCUUCACUCAUGGACUGCCUCUACGCCACCUGCCGCCCCAUAAUCACAUCCUGCGUAAUGGCCGAACUCGAAAAACUAGGUCAAAAAUACCGUAUCGCGCUCAAAAUCGCCAGAGACGAACGCUGGGAAAGAUUGGAAUGCUCGCACAAAGGAACGUAUGCAGACGACUGCAUUGUGGAUAGAGUGUUGAAGCAUAGGAUUUAUCUGGUCGCCACGAAUGAUAGAGACUUGAAGAGGAGGUUGAGGAAGAUUCCCGGUGUGCCGAUUAUUAAUGUGGCCAAGGGCAAGUAUGUUAUCGAGAGGUUGCCUGAUGCGCCGGAGAAGUAA